GAACAGGUUCUGUCAGCUCUAAGCAGUUCUAACUUGGGGUCAGUAUCCUGAUGCUGGACAGUGCCGCGGCGCGCGCGCAAACAACGCACGCGUACACCCGCCAUCUUGGAUUUAUUAAAGGAUAACAACCAUGUUUCGACAAAGUAUUUUGUUCACAAUCUUCCUACAAGUCACACAAAAUGUACUGGUCCAAUCAGUCCAACAGGUCCAGCUCUCCGACUCCUACCUCCCCGUGGCGAUGCAGAUCAUCGCGCACCUAACAGACCAGAUGGCCUUCGAAGCCAAGGACGACGUUCCUCAGAGAACGACCACGACUGUGAAGCCUUUGUAUGUCAAUUCAGAUUACUAUGCCAGCUUGCCUGGGAACGGCUGGUGGAUGCGGUAUGGUAUCGCGAGGGAUAUAACAACACGAUUCCACAAGCCAGGUCUCUACGCUCCACCAUUCCCACCGAAACCGACCGAUAGAGGCAUUCCCAAGGACCAGAACUACGUUCUUCUACCCGUCGAGCACAAUUCGGAAUACACCAUCAUAGAACCGCAAGAGAAGAGAACGGAAGAGCCCCUGCUUUCAGCUCACAAUGAAGAAGUGAAGCCUUUGAUGGAACCGAGACCUAACUUGCAGCAUCAGUUCUUGCCUUAUGAGCACGAUAUCAAGGCUUCCAGACGUUCUGAUGGGUAUGAUAACUUAGACGAGGAAAGUUUACAGUACCUAUCCCAGAAUGUGAGGGACAUGAUCAGAAUGGCCAACGACCCUGACGACGACCGGGUGAUUGACGUGUGGGAAGGUUUACGGGCCAGUCCCAGCGAGGUGUCCACGCGUGGGAAGCUGUCGUCAUCCAACUUGAGACUGCUGUUGCUGUACGAUCUACUCAGCAGGGACGCGAAGAAACAACGACUCUCCGAUUUUAGUGGAUUCUCUCCAGAAGUGAUGAAGGCUUUAGUGGAGUCCUCAGACGGCGGGGCCAGGGCGCAGCUCAGCAUGGCACUGGACAAAAUGGUGGCGCGCCACGACUGUGGCCACGAGUACGCCAACAACCGGGCCAGGGAAAUGGUCGCCGAGUUGGCCAAAGAUGAGUCCAAACUGUCGUCCGAAAUCAGAUAUUUGCAGCCACUUGUUUAUAGAUAUUAAUUUUCUAAGUCUGAACUCACUAAUGAUUUUAUGUAAGAGGUUUAAUACAUAAGGCAUCCAUCCAUCUUCCAUCCAUCCAUCCAUCCAGGAUUCCAUCUUAGAGUGCAUCAUCACUUACCACCAGGCGAGAUUGCAGUCUAGGGCUUACUUGUAUGUGAAUUAAAAAAAAGGCGUAACAUAAUAUAUCUAUAAACCAAAAUUUAUGUCUAACAGAUAUCUUAUCCUUUUCCGCAACGAAUAGUUAUGUAAAAAGAAAAGUCGUUCUUUUAGAUCUCUAAUGGGACUCUCUAAUCCCAAAACAAAAAUGAUAUUAUAACAUUACAGUAGGUAUAGCAAUAUUUUAAAUAGGUAAUAAUACAGAUUAUGUGACAAAAAUGCCUUUAGACAAGAAAGUAGAAACGUUGUGAAAACGAUAGUCCGAUUUUUAGAUUCGAUCGAUUUAGAUAUAAGUACAAUAGUAUCAGUCAUUCAUUCAAUAUUAUAAUUAAUUUUUGUAAUAACUCAGUACAGAUACCUGUAUAGGCGCAUAGUUUUAAAAUAACUUUAUACUUAACACAAGUAAAUUCAAGAUAAAAUCCAAUUAUUAUUAAGUUAAUACGACAUUAUAAUUUGCCAUAAUUGUGUGUUAAACAUGCAAAGUAUUUGUAAUUAUUAAAUAUUAUCAUUAAAGUAGUUAAACACUA